CAGAGCGGGGCUGGCAACAACUGGGCCAAGGGUCACUACACGGAGGGUGCGGAGCUGGUGGACUCGGUCCUGGAUGUCGUGCGGAAGGAGUGUGAAAACUGCGACUGCCUGCAGGGCUUCCAGCUGACCCACUCGCUGGGGGGUGGCACGGGCUCCGGCAUGGGCACGCUGCUCAUCAGCAAGGUGCGUGAGGAGUAUCCGGACCGCAUCAUGAACACCUUCAGCGUCGUGCCCUCGCCCAAGGUGUCAGACACAGUGGUGGAGCCCUACAAUGCCACGCUGUCCAUCCACCAGCUGGUGGAGAAUACGGAUGAGACCUACUGCAUCGACAACGAGGCACUCUACGACAUCUGCUUCCGCACCCUCAAGCUGGCCACACCCACCUACGGGGACCUCAACCACCUGGUGUCAGCCACCAUGAGCGGGGUCACCACCUCCUUGCGCUUCCCUGGCCAGCUCAACGCUGACCUGCGCAAGCUGGCCGUCAACAUGGUGCCCUUCCCCCGUCUGCACUUCUUCAUGCCCUUCGCUCCCCUCACAGCCCGGGGCAGCCAGCAGUACCGGGCCCUGACCGUGCCCGAGCUCACCCAGCAGAUGUUUGAUGCCAAGAACAUGAUGGCUGCCUGCGACCCGCGCCACGGCCGCUACCUGACGGUGGCCACUGUGUUCCGGGGCCGCAUGUCCAUGAAGGAGGUGGACGAGCAGAUGCUGGCCAUCCAGAGCAAGAACAGCAGCUACUUCGUGGAGUGGAUCCCCAACAACGUGAAGGUGGCUGUGUGCGACAUCCCGCCCCGCGGCCUCAAGAUGUCUUCCACCUUCAUCGGGAACAGCACGGCCAUCCAGGAGCUGUUCAAGCGCAUCUCCGAGCAGUUCACGGCCAUGUUCCGGCGCAAGGCCUUCCUGCACUGGUACACGGGAGGCAUGGACGAGAUGGAGUUCACCGAGGCCGAGAGCAACAUGAACGACCUGGUGUCCGAGUACCAGCAGUACCAGGACGCCACGGCCGAGGAGGAGGGCGAGAUGUACGAAGACGACGAGGAGGAGUCGGAGGCCCAGGGCCCCAAGUGAAGCUGCUUGCAGCUGGAGUGAGGGGCAGGUGGCAGCCGGGGCCAAGGUCAGCAGUGUCUGACCCCCAGAGCCAUCUUGCUGCCGACACUGUGCCCUGCUUUCCCCCUUGCCCUAGGUCUCCCUUGCCACCCUCC